CAUCCAUCGCCUUGUUCAUCUCUCUGGCUUUACGCGUCGGCCCAGUUGCCGCAGCGGACGACCUCGCUCAGCAUUGUCGGCUAUGUGAACGAAGGCUCCAUCUCACCACUGCACAUAUAUCACCAGCUUGCCGUCGCAUUAUACUUAUCGCCCCGUAUCACAGCACUUGUAACAUUCCUAGCACGCCCCCCAUCACACCAGACACACACAUACACACAAUGCCUAUCGCCGCCGCCACGAUCGACCCCACAAAGGGCCCCAAGGUCAAUGUCGCCCUCAUCCAGAUUCAGGCGGGCAAGGAGGGCGGCAAGCAGGACCAGAUCAAGAGAAUGCGCGAGCUCGUUCUCCAGGCUGUCAAGGAGGGCAACGACAAGAACGAGCCCGUGCACUUGAUUGUCCUUCCCGAGAUGUGGAACGGCUCCACUCUCCACGACGAGCUUAUCGCCAAUGCCGAGCCCGUCCCAGAGCCCGGACAGGCCCCCUCAGAGUGGUCGUCCAAGUCGGAGACGGUUCGCGCCCUCGCCGACGCUGCCAUCGAGUCCAAGGUCUGGAUCAUUGGUGGCAGCAUUCCCGAGCAGGGCGCCGAGAGGUUGUACAACACGGCGACCGUCUACUCGCCCGAGGGUGCACUCAUCGCCAAGUACCGCAAGACGCACCUGUUCGACCUGUGUCUCCCGAAGAUGACCUACAAGGAAAGCGACACCUUUGCCCCGGGCGACCACCUCACCACCUUUGACACACCCUUUGGCCGCUUCGGUCUUGCAAUCUGCUAUGACUUGCGCUUUGCCGAGAUUGCCAUCCUCGCGUCUCGCAAGGGCUGCACGGCCGUCUUCUACCCCGCGGCGUUCAACACCCACACUGGCCCCCUCCACUGGGAGCUCUUACAGCGUGGACGCGCGCUUGACAACCAGAUCUACGUCGCCACCUGCUCAUGCGCCCGUGAUGAGACGGCAAAGUAUGUGAUCUACGGCCACUCGAUGGCCGUUUCGCCCAUGGGCAAGGUCAUUGCGACUGCCGAGACCGAGGAGAAGAUUGUCUACGCCACCUUUGACCCUCAGCACAUUGCCGACACUCGCGCUGGCAUCCCCCUUCUCACCCAGCGGAGGUUUGACUUGUACCCCGACAUCCUCGCCGUUGCCGAGGGCAAUGCCCAGUAGUGGAACAUCUGGAGAAGACAUGCACUGUUGUACCAAAGCG